AUGUGUGGAAUUCUCAAGAUUUCAGUUCUCAUCAAUGGCAGUGCAGCUGGAUAUUUUAAAAGCAAAAAAGGAAUUAGACAAGGUGAUCCAAAUUCACCUUUCUUAUUCCUGUUAGUUGGUGAAGUUUCAAAUUUUAUGAUCAAACAGCACAGGAUCAAGGUUAAAAAUUUAAGACUUGUGUUACUUUCUUUUGAGUUACUCAUUGGUUUGAAAAUUAACUUUGCUAAGAGUCAAAUUUAUGGUGUUGGUUAUGAUGGUGAUCUCUCCAUUUUUUCUUCUAUUUUGGGCUACUAUCAUGGUUCUCUUCCUACCACUUAUCUUGGGCUGCCAUUGGGUGAUAAAUGUGGAAGCAUUGCUAAAUGGGACAAAGUAAUUGAAAGAUUCACUGCUAAAUUGGCUGGAUGGAAAAAGCCUCUUUUAUCUAGAGUUGGAAAAGUUACUCUUAUUAAUAGUGUCUUAUCUAGUCUGCCCGUGUACUAUAUGUCAUUGUUUGAAAUGCCUAAUUCUGUGAUUCAGAGACUUUAA